ACCAUGAGAUGGAUGGACGCCAGACGAUCGAAGACACUCAAUACGAGUGUUCUACCGAGACCAAAUUUAUCUAUGAGAUGGGCUCCAAGGAAGAGAGCGUGUUUUUUGCGCACGCAAAGUGGCACACAAUCCCACCACCGCCUCGCUCCUUGGGGAUUCUCUUGCCCGCUCACUAUUCCCAACACCGAACCCAGAUUGCGAGGAAAUAGAUAUACUGAACGAAGCGUUUACACUUGGUGAGGACAAUAGACUCCAGAUAACACAGCACCGCUCGAGUCUUUUUCACAUUUCCUAUCAAAAGAGCAGAUCCAGAUCUAGCAACGCCUGCCCCACCUGAAGGUCUACUCCGUAACAGCUGUCGGUGCUCUCCGACGAGGAGAAACAUAAAAGAAGAUGACUUGCUGUUCUUAGUAAAUUUUGUUUUAUAACUGACAAGAAGCUUUUUUUUGCCGAGUGAAUGGACACAGACAACCAGACACCUCACCCGGCGAUUCAGGUGGGAAGAAUUACUGACCGUCUUGCUCUUUACCAACGCCAGCUGGAACAGAGUCCCAAACCCUCGCUCCCACCGUCUGCACCGACCUUGUCUUCUUCUUCUUCUUCUUCUUCUUCUUCUUCACCGCCAGCAACACAGCACACAUCUAUACCAAUGGCUAUGGCUCGGGACCCUAUUACCUGUCACGUUCUCAACACGCUGACAGGGUCGCCGGCUGCAAACCUCCCUGUGACGUUGACGCUCGUGUCUUCUCCUGCUUCCCAAACGCAGAACCGCCUCGAGUUCCACGCCGUCACCGAUUCAGACGGCCGAGUCAAGACCUGGACGCCCAAAUCGACCGGAUCUGGUACGGGGGUCGUUGAUAUCCUCGGCGCUCUUCCGACAGGGGACAGCCGGACAAACUGGCAGCUUAGUUUCGCGGUGGGCGCGUGGUUUGAAGCGCAGGGGGUGGAGAGUUUCUGGCCUGAAGUGGACGUCAAGUUCACCGUCAAGGGACGCGGCCGUGAGGGAGAAGAUGGCUGGAGACAUUAUCAUGUUCCUGUCCUGCUGGGGCCAUGGAACUAUUCCACUUAUCGGGGGUCGUAACGUUCCUCCUCGUGAGCGUUUAGACUCAUCAAAAGUACACACGAUUCAUUGAUUUAUCUCCAUCGAACUAAACUGAAACUAUUGGAAAAACAUCCCCAGUCUGUCGUUCUCGUACUCAUUCCAUCGAUAAGACGAUAAGCUAAACCGCUACGUCAGAGCGGACUGGCGCAUGUACUCAAGACCUGGGGGACCCGUCCUACGAAGCUUAUAUUCUUUGGUUAUGUUCCAACCGGCUCUUGCAUAUCUAUCUUGGUUGACCCGCUCAGGGGCUAGAAUCUAGAGCUCAGGCAUAGUCCUUGCUAGGAUCGCCUAAUGGUUUUCAGCAUUCUAUAUCAAUACUAGGUAGUAAGUACUAAGUACUGGAC